AUGGAAAUAUACUCACAAGAGUAUUGGCCAAUACAGACAACAUUAGAAGUCAAUACAGAGAUCUCAGAGAAUGCAUCAGGGGACAGAGAGAUACAGUCAUCACACGAUAAUGAUAUCAAACAAGGGACCUAUUUUUCAAACAAUAAACAUAGACCUACACAUCGUUCCAAUUAUAGACAAUUUAGAAGACAAGAAUACACCUAUCCAUAUUCAAACUACCACUAUUCGCAAAAUAGACUUCACCAAAUAAGAUCAGAAAAAUAUGACCAACCACACUAUCAUCAGCAAUACCCACAAACUAGACAGGAAUCAUGGAACAGACAACCUUACUACAAUAGAUAUGAAUAUAAUAGAAAUGAAUCAUGGAACAGACAAUAUAGACCAGAUAAUUUUAACCAAUAUGACCAACACCACAGACGAGACAAUUUCAACCAGUAUGACCAACACCACAGACGAGACAGUUACAGUAGGAAUUAUGAAACCCCCAGAUUUCAUAAAUCCAAUCAGAGAGAAAAAGAGUCGAAUAACCCUAGAUUCCGAGAACAGAGACCUUAUCACUCUGACUUUAGAGCAAACAGUCCACUUAGGCACAAAACUGGGGACCAUGAUCACAAAAAAACUUCCCACAACAAUUUUCAACAUAAUAACAGGUUCUUUCCAUUAGCUUUCACAUCAGAUGAAAAUGUUUUUUUAGAGAGACAUGCCAGAAAUAAUUCCAAUUCGGCAGCUAUAUCUCCUUUUUUAGGGAAUACUCCAACAUCAGGCAGAAAUCCCCCAGACGAACAAAACCUCAAAAAAAGACCAUUUCACACAGACCAAGAGGGUCAAGAGGUAGAGGCCUUACCACCAAGGAAAAAGAAUCACAAGAAUUAG